AUGCUUCAAAGUUUGGAACUUGAUGGUAAUAGACUAAAAGGAACCAUCCCACCAGAACUAUGUUAUCUUAGGAGUUUGUUUGAAUUAUUUUUAGAUGGUAAUGAUCUAUCUGGACACAUUCCUAGAUGCAUAGAUAAUAUGACUUCGCUAAGAUAUCUCUACUUAGGCUUCAAUCAAUUAACUUCUGUGAUUCCAUUGAGCUUGUGGAAGCUUACAAAUCUCUUGGAGGUUGACUUCUCAUCCAAUUCUCUAAGUGGCUCUUUUUCAUCUAUGAUUGAGAAAAUGAAAGUCUUGAGGAUAUUGAUUUUGUCAAGAAACCAACUAUCAGAUGAUAUCCCCAAAACAAUUAGUGGUCUCAAAUAUUUGACUAAUCUCUCCUUGGCAAUAAAUCGACUGCAAGGCUCAAUUCCUGUAUCUUUUGGUGAAAUGGUAAGCUUGGAGUUCUUGGAUCUUUCUGAUAACAAUUUAUCUGGAGAGAUUCCCAAGUCCAUAGAAGUUCUCCAUUACCUCAAAUAUCUAAAUCUCUCGUUCAAUAAACUACAAGGAGAAAUUCCUACAAGAGGACCAUUUCUAAACUUCUCAGCUGCAUCAUUUAUGUCAAACAAUGCACUUUGUGGUGCAACUCUAUUGAGAGAAAAAUGA